AGUUUGACAGUUGGAUGAGGGUGAGGGAUAGAAGUGUAAUAACACAUCCACUUUCUCCCACACAUCCAAGUAUGGAAACCAGAGAAGAAGGAAAUUAUCCGAAAAUGGAAAAGAACUUGAGAAUGAAUAAAAUGGCAAGUGAGGUUGGAAUGCGAUAUUCCUUGCAGAAAAUUUAAGUUAUAAACUUCGAAAUUUCUCAACAGCCGCAUCCAGCCUCGAUCCCAAUUCCCAACACAACCUUUUCGCUUCUCAAUCUCAAUACCUCUCUCUCUCUCUCUCUCUCUCUGUCUCUCUCUCUCUCUCCUCGCUUUGUAUCUCUCUCGUCCUCACAGAUGUAAUGGAUGCCAAUCCAGUCUCCUCCAAUCUCUCUCGAUAGAUUGAGGAGGUAAGCGGCAAAGAAUUUGUGUGAAGAAGCUUAACGGUUGCAGAAACCCUACCACCACCACGUGCAUGUUCUGGGCUGUUGUUGUUUUUAUUAUUGCUUCGUUCAGAGAAUUUUGAACAUUUUCUCUAGAUUUCUGGUGAUGGAAAAUGUGUCUCCUUAUACAUAUUUUGGGUUUGAUUUCAAAACAAUAUGUUAUUGGUUGGCGCUGCUUAUAAUGUUUGGUUUGGCUAUGAAGGUUUUGCGAUUCGGUUGCUAUGGUCUGGGGUUUUUGGUUCGGUUUCUCUCUGAAAUCAUGGAGAAAUCUAGUGUUCUUGUAUAUGUGUUUUGUUCAGCAAGUGAUGUUGAUGGAGCUCAUGAUUCAAAAACUCUGGUGUCCAACAUUGUUGCCCGUAGAUUUUUGGAGAAUUCGAGUUCUUCUGCUGUACCCAAGAACAGAACGGUUUUAAGUAUGUCUGAUGACGUUAAACCAAGGGGGUUAUCUUCAGAAUCUGAAUCAGAGGAAGAAGGAGGUUCUGAAGAAGAUAAACCGACAUUGAAGAGAUUAGUCAGGAUUGAAAGCGAUCGUGCCAAUGCUGCUUAUUUGGAGCUGGAGAAAGAGAGGACCGCAGCGGCAUCUGCAGCAGAGGAAGCAAUGUCAAUGAUUCGGCGCCUUCAGAAUGAGAAGAGUUCAGUUGAGAUGCAGGCCAACCAAUAUCGCAGGUUGGCUGAACAGAAGCAGUUCUACGACCAAGAAGUAAUCCAAAGUCUCCGAUGGAUUAUAUUAAAACAUGAAUCAGAUAGAAACCUCUUAGAGAGUCAAUUGAAUUCGUGCAGGCAAAGACUACAGCAGUAUCUGAAUGCCGGCAAAGGGGAUCAAACUGAUGGUAUUGAUCAGUCUUUGUCUACUCACAGUUCUUUUUCUGCUGUCGAAGAUGACAUCGCAGAUAUGUUAGUUAGUUCUCUUGAAAUGGAUUCAUCACUCAUGUAAGUUCUGUUCUUGCUGUAAAUUCCCUUUGUUACCUUUAGAGUUUGAAAUUUAGAUAGAUGAAUUAGACAAAAUCUUAUGUACUUCUAGGGUUGAUCAUCAGACAAUACACUUCCCCCCCUCCCCUCCCCCAAUCUGACUUAUUCUUUUCUGCUCA